AUCACUGACGCGUAUAUAUACGAAAAUGUAGGCGCUAAAAUCUUGAAGAGAAAAACAAAAUGGAUUAAAACAGUGGUUGCAAAAAUUAAAUAGUUUUACGUUAAGGAAGACAUAUAGGAUUCUAUAAUCCAAUAAUAAGCUUUGCGCUUGAUUAAUGAUAUCGCCGAUACGCGAAAAAGAUCGACCUAACCUAACAACGCGGCUCGCUUCCUAAACAUAACCUAGUGAGACACGACGGAGAGAUUAUCGGAUUAUCGGUUUCGUCCGAUCGAAAUACGUAUAGUUUCGAGCGAUUGGGACGAGAUGGGUCGACGCAAGAGUAAACGAAAACCACCUAGCAAAAAGAAGGCUAUUCAACCGUUGGACACACAAUUCAAUUGCCCGUUUUGCAAUCACGAGAAAUCGUGCGACGUUAAGAUGGAUAAGUCGAAGAGUACUGCCAGGAUAACUUGCAGAGUAUGCUUGGAGGAUUUUCAAACGACAAUAAAUUUAUUAUCGGAACCUUUAGAUGUAUAUAACGAUUGGAUUGAUGCCUGUGAAAAUGCAAAUUAAAGAAUUGUCAGACAUAUAUUUAUGUAAGAUUUCCAUAUAUAUAAGUGAUAAAAUUUUUGUCGCAUUUUUAAGAUUGUUACACAAGUAUUAUUUUUCAAAUAUAAGCUAUGUGUUUUAUAAACAAAAUGUUCUUUAAUGUACUAAAUGUGGC